AUAAUUUUGAAAAUGAGAUUAUAAAUAGGAUUAAUCACAUAAUAUAGAAGUGUACAGAAGAAAGAGCAAAGCCAGAGUCUCUCUUCAAAGCUUAUUUCAGAGGCAGAAUCAUAGAGAUUAACACCAAUGGGAGAGGAAGAAAAGAAAACAGAGGAAACCAAAACAGAGGAAGAAGAAACCAAGGCAGAGGAAACAAAAGAUGAAGAAGCUGCUGCUCCGCCACCGCCUCCGGCAGAGAUUUUGCUGAAAGUGUUUAUGCAUUGUGAAGGCUGUGCUCGGAAAGUUCGUCGGUGUUUGAAGAAUUUCCCCGGAGUUGAAGGUGUGACAACUAACUGCAAAACUCAUGAGGUUGUUGUGAAAGGUGAGAAAGCUGAUCCGGCGAAGGUUGUGGAGAGAAUUCAGACGAAGAGUCGGAGGAAGGUUGAGCUUGUAUCUCCGCUCCCGAAUCCACCAGAGGAGGAAAAAGUUGUUGAGGAAGAAGAGAAACCAGAACCUGAAGAGGAGAAGAAAGAAGUGCCUCAGAUUGUAACGGUUGUUCUUAAAGUUCACAUGCAUUGUGAGGGUUGUGCCGAAGAGAUAAAAAAACGCAUACUCAAAAUGAAGGGAGUGGAAUCGGUGGAAACUGAUUUGAAGAAGUCUGAGGUAACCGUGAAGGGAGUGUAUGAUCCAACGAUGCUGGUUAAAUUCGUGUACAAACGAUUUGGGAAGCAAGCUGUGAUUGUGAAUGAAGAGAAAGUCGAGGAAGAAGCAAAAGCCGAGGAAGAGAAAAAAGAAGAGGCUGUGAUUGUGAAUGAAGAGAGAGUCAAGGAAGAAGCAAAAGCCGAGGAAGAGAAAAAAGAAGAGACGAAUGAAGAAGUGGAGGAGAAGAAAGAAGAAGAACAGAAUGAGGCGAAACCACAAGAGAAUCCAGAAGGUGCAAUUGUUGUACAAGAGACCAAAGUGGAAGAUGAGAUGAAGAAAAAUGAAUCCUACUAUAAUCCCCCAAUGGAUUUGUAUGCACAACCACCACCAAUGGAUUAUCAUGCAUACCCACCAAUAGCUUAUCCUGCAUGUCCUCCAUACUAUCAAACAUAUCUUCCACCAGCACCGCAGAUCUUCAGCGAUGAGAAUCCAAAUGCUUGCAGUGUUAUGUGAAAUUUAAUUUCACAAAUAUCAAGGGUCAUAUUAAAAAUAAGAGAUAAUUAGUUUUAUUUUGCUAAAUAUACUAGAGUAUACAUGAACCAUGGAAUUUUUUAUUUUGUAAGAUUUUUAUACUUUUGUUGAAGUGAGAAUUUCUAUUUUUUUUUA